ACGUUUACCAACACUGCAAAAUAAAAAAACUGUCAUCUCAUCUAAACAAGGAAAAAUCUUUUUCAGACCAACAACUGUCUACUUGCAAGCUUCAAUUGAGCAGUUUUGUAGAAAAUUUUCAAAAACAUUCAAAAUGUCUGUAGCUAUGCAAGUAGAUGUGGCCCAGCCCUCAACCCCAGCUAAAGCUUCGAAAGUUGGUCCCGGCCUCACUUCGUACUACGAGCAAAAAAUAUCCGAGUUGCAAUUCAUUGUAUCCGAAAAACAGCGCAAUUUGCAGCGUCUUGAAGCACAGCGCAACGAACUCAACUCGAAGGUGCGUUUGCUGCGCGAGGAGCUGCAGCUGCUGCAGGAGCAAGGCAGCUACAUUGGCGAAGUGGUCAAGCCCAUUGACAAGAAGAAAGUCCUUGUGAAAGUACAUCACGAUGGCAAAUACAUUGUGGAUUUGGAGAAGAACAUUGACAUCAACGAUGUGACAAGUAACAGUCGUGUUGCACUGCGUCACGAUAGCUACGCUCUGCACAAAAUACUGCCCAGCAAAGUGGAUCCUUUGGUCUCGCUGAUGCUGGUCGAAAAGGUGCCAGACUCCACCUAUGAAAUGGUUGGUGGCUUGUCCAAGCAAAUCAAGGAGAUCAAGGAAGUUAUCGAGCUGCCCAUCAAGCAUCCCGAAUUAUUCGAUGCCCUGGGCAUUGCUCAGCCCAAGGGCGUGUUGCUCUAUGGUCCACCUGGCACUGGCAAAACAUUGCUGGCUCGUGCUGUGGCCCAUCACACCGAGUGCACUUUUAUACGCGUCUCUGGCUCGGAGCUAGUUCAAAAGUACAUAGGCGAAGGAUCGCGGAUGGUGCGCGAACUCUUUGUUAUGGCACGUGAGCAUGCGCCUUCAAUUAUCUUCAUGGAUGAAAUCGAUUCGAUUGGCUCGGCACGUCUCGAGUCUGGACGUGGCGCUGACUCUGAGGUGCAGCGCACCAUGUUGGAGCUACUGAAUCAGCUGGAUGGCUUUGAGGCUUCGAAGAACAUAAAAGUGGUCAUGGCCACCAAUCGCAUUGAUGUACUUGAUCAGGCUUUAUUGCGCCCGGGUCGCAUUGAUCGCAAGAUUGAGUUCCCUCCACCAAGCGAAGAGGCACGUGUCGAUAUUCUGCACAUUCAUUCGCGCAAAAUGAAUCUGACACGUGGCAUCAAUCUGCGCAAGAUUGCCGAACUGAUGCCCGGAUCUUCAGGCGCCGAGGUCAAGGGUGUUUGCACCGAGGCUGGGAUGUAUGCGCUACGCGAACGUCGUGUUCAUGUCACCCAGGAAGACUUCGAGAUGGCCGUCUCCAAGGUAAUGCAAAAGGCCUCCGAUCGCAACAUGUCCAUGAAAAAGUUCUGGAAGUAAAUGCUGCUCAACUUCAACCAAAUAAACAAGUAACGUUAUGCAAGGAAAUAAAUUGGAUCAAAUUCUGCAGCUGGUUUCAAUUCCUAAGACUUAUGAUCUCUGAAAUAUGAAUCAGACUUGCUAAACAUAUAAACAUAAAAUUAUUCUUCGAUAAGUUAGUAAACAAAUGUCUGCAAAGGCGCCAGUCCAAUGUUCACUACAUAAACAAAUUAUCAAUCCAAUUCCUAAUGACUUCAUUUGAUUGGAAAAUAAAUAAAACUUGAUCCAAAGAUAAA